CGAAAGCGACUCGGAACAGAAACUGGGCGUUAGUCCAACCUCCUCAACGCUCAACCCUCAACGCUCUCCUGCUGCUCGACAUUUGCGCAAACAUCUAGUCUGCGAGCGAGAGAGAGAUACAUCUAGUCUGCGAACGAGAGAGAUGAAAUACGUUCUGGUGACUGGUGGCGUCGUGAGCGGCCUAGGCAAAGGCGUGACUGCCAGCAGCAUCGGCGUCGUACUGAAAGGAUGCGGCCUCCGCGUCACCUCCAUUAAAAUAGAUCCAUACUUGAACACAGAUGCUGGAACCAUGUCUCCCUUUGAACAUGGGGAGGUUUUCGUUCUUGAUGAUGGUGGCGAGGUUGAUUUGGAUCUGGGAAACUAUGAGCGCUUCUUGGAUGUGACACUUACUAGAGAAAACAACAUUACUACAGGAAAGAUAUAUCAGUCCGUUAUCGACAAGGAAAGGAGGGGCGAUUAUCUUGGAAAGACAGUUCAGGUUGUUCCACACAUCACCGAUGCCAUUAAAAACUGGAUUGUAUCUGUAUCCCUUAUUCCUGUUGAUGGAAAAGAUGGCCCAGCAGAUGUGUGCGUGAUAGAAUUGGGUGGAACCGUCGGCGACAUUGAAUCAAUGCCAUUUAUUGAAGCAUUGCGUCAGCUAUCAUUUACUGUUGGACAAGACAACUUCUGCCUCAUUCAUGUGAGCCUGAUACCAGUACUGGGUGUAGUCGGUGAACAAAAAACAAAGCCUACCCAACAUAGUGUGCGGGAAUUGAGAGCAUUAGGCUUGACUCCACAUCUGUUAGCAUGUCGCUCAGCUCAGCCUUUACUAGAGAAUACGAAGGAGAAACUCUCACAAUUUUGUCAUGUUCCAGUGGGGAAUAUUCUCAAUAUCCAUGAUGUUCCAAACAUAUGGCAUGUUCCUCUUUUACUUCGGAACCAAAAUGCCCAUGUUGCCAUUUCGAAACAGCUAAACUUUCUAAGCAUAGCUACACACCCUGAUUUACAUGAGUGGACAGAGAGGGCCGAGACUUAUGACAAUCUCACCAAUUCUGUGAAAAUUGCUAUGGUUGGGAAGUACAUUGGUUUACAAGAUUCUUAUUUAUCUGUACUGAAGGCGCUUCUUCAUGCCUGCAUCGCAUGUUCUUUGAAGCCAUCAGUUGAAUGGAUUGCAGCUUCCGACCUUGAAGAUGAGAGUGCAAAACUGACACCACAAGCGCAUGCCGCUGCCUGGGAGACUCUUAGGAGUUCUGCAUGUGUUCUGGUUCCUGGUGGAUUUGGGGACCGUGGAGUGCAAGGAAUGAUAUUGGCUGCAAAAUAUGCCAGAGAGAAUGACGUUCCGUAUCUUGGCAUUUGCUUGGGAAUGCAGAUUUCUGUGAUCGAGUUUGCUAGAUCUGUUUUGGGUUUGGAAAGAGCAAACAGUGCAGAGUUUGACCCCGAUACGCCUGACCCUGUUGUAAUUUUCAUGCCAGAGGGAUCAAGAACACAUAUGGGAAAUACCAUGAGACUAGGAUCUCGAAGAACACUCUUCCAAACUCCUGAUUGUAUUGCUUCGAAGCUGUACCAAAAUUCUGCCUAUGUGGAUGAGCGUCAUCGGCAUAGAUUUGAGGUGAAUCCAGAUCUUAUCGGCAAAUUGGAAGAGGCUGGUCUGCGGUUUGUUGGAAAGGAUGAAACUGGAAAAAGAAUGGAGAUUUUGGAGCUGCCAACUCAUCCUUACUAUGUAGGGGUGCAAUUUCAUCCAGAAUUCAAAUCAAGACCCGGAAGGCCUUCAGCUCUAUUUUUAGGUCUUAUAUUGGCAGCGAUAGGACAGUUGGAGGCAUCUCUCAGCAAACUUCCCAAUGGAAAUUAGUAUGAAUUUUCAGUGCGGUAAAUCAUUCAUGAGGCAUAGAUAGUCUAUGCUGCUACGAGGAUUACAAUAUAGAGAGAUGCUCAAACAGGAAGGAUUGCAAUAUAGAAGGCUAUUUACUGAUCGUAACAUCAAACAUAGCAGUUUUUGUACCAAUAGUAUGUAUCAAAUCUGUUAUCCUCCUUUCAUCCAUAGCUGUUUUCUUUCUUAUGAUUUUGGUUGCUUCAAGAACACAAUAAAUUGUAAUUGAUCCCCGAAUUGGGAUUGAAAUUGCAUGUUUGGAAAAAACACUUAGGCCAGGCUUCAAACUCAGAUUUUUCAUGCUCUCAAUGGAGAUUUCAAAUUGGUAGACAA